CAUGGCGGCGGCGGCGGAGGAGCUGGUGGGGCGGCGGGGCCGGGGACCGGAGCCGGGACCGGGACCUGGGAGCCCGGUAGGGCGACUAGGGGGAGAGGGUUCGCCCGGAGGGGGAGGUCGUCGCGUUUUCAGCCCCGCCGGGGAGUUUCGCGAGUUCUCCCGGCGGCAGCUGCGAGACAUGGAGCGGCUCUUCCGACAGUACGACGCAGGAAAGGACGGCUUCAUCGACCUGAUGGAGCUGAAGCUGAUGAUGGAGAAGCUGGGAGCGCCGCAGACGCACUUGGGCCUGAAGAACAUGAUCAAGGAAGUGGACGAAGACCUGGACAGCAAGCUCAGCUUUCGGGAGUUCCUGCUGAUUUUCCGCAAGGCAGCGGCGGGCGAGCUGCAGGAGGACAGCGGGCUGCACGCCCUGGCCCGGCUCUCCGAGAUCGACGUCUCCACGGAGGGAGUGAAGGGUGCCAAGAGCUUCUUCGAGGCCAAGGUGCAGGCCAUCCACGACGCCAGCCGCUUUGAGGAGGAGAUCAAGGCAGAGCAGGAGGAGAAGAAGAAGCAGGCGGAGGAGCUGAAGCAGAGGAAGGCGGCCUUCAAGGAGCUGCAGUCCACCUUCAAGCAGUGACGGGGUGCCGGCGCGGGGCCGGGCAGGACUGGUCUGCGGUGCCCGGGCUGGAAACGCUGCGUGUGCCGACCGUGCCGGGAGCGAUGCCUAAGCCGUGCGCCGCCCACGACUCCCCGAAGGCCGGGCUGGCUGCUGGCCCGGGCUCGGCACGGCGCCCGCCUUGCUGGCAGAGCCCCGUCUCCCUCCCCUUUGCUGUGGUGUCUGUAGGUGUUGUCCGUGCCCCCCUGCGUCCCCAGCGUGCCCUCCCGCCGAACCGCUCCUGCCCCGAAGGGCAGCGCCGCGGGCAGCAGCACCCCGUCCCCAGCCCGCAGCCGUGCCGGGGGUUGCUGCCGCCGAAUCCCAGGGGAGCCAUGCCGGGGGGAGCGCCUGUCCCCGGGGUCGUCGUGCGUCGCGCACGCGCUGCGAGGGUCGCAGGACGGGGGCUUGCCCGGGUGGCUGUCGCGGCGGCCGCGCCGUGACGCCUGUGCCGAAAGCCAGGUGUGCUGCGGGGGAGCGUGGCGAGGGCCAGGGGCCGGCGGAGGGGCUGUGUGCGUGGUGCGGGGGGGUGGGUGCCCACCCCACUGGCGUGCAGCCCCCGAGGGGCUGAGCAGCUCCGCACCCGCUUGCCUGUGCUCUCUCUUAAAUGUGGCGAAAGACGGGUGGCAAGGCAGCUGCUGGCUCGCAAAGCUGUAUCGUGUUUUUUCGUGCUGUAUUCAGCCCGGGAGGGCGAGUGUUGUAGCCAUGAGCGGUUCCCUUCGGUCGACGGAGGCUCCCGUGUUUGUGGGUGGCUGCAAAGCGGCGCGUCUGUCCCGCGGUGUCCCCUGCGCGGUGGUACGGGGGUGGGGUGGGGGGCGUAUUGGGUUUUUAUUUUAAUCCCAAAUAAAUAUUAUAUUUCGUAA